AUGGCCAGAAAGAGCUGUUCAAAAUUCACCAGGAAGUUCCAGAACACCAACUUAACUGAGUGGGCAGAACACCAACGUGCCAAGUUUUUCCUGCAAGAGCUCUCCAAAGACUACAUUGACAAGGAGAGCUCUCUGAACUGGCUCAUCAAAGGAACCCUCCACUACGAUCAGGAGAGGCUGAUAAUGGCAGCCGUGGUAGACGCCUCUAAAAAUGUGAAGAGUGAACUAAAGAGACACAUACUUGCACACACUGGUAUCAGACCUCAUGAAUGCCUUGAGUGUGACAAAAGGUUCUUUUCUAAGUCUGAGUUGAACAGCCACGUUGUCACACAUUCUGAUCUGAGAGAGUUCAAGUGUGAUGUUUGUGAAAAACAUUUCAAGACCAAGAAGAUUAUUGCCAAGCACAUGAAGAUCCACUUCCCCUGA